CGGGGGCGGGGCAGGGGCUUCCAGUCGGCGCGCGGCGCGGCGCCGCAUCGGGGGUGGGGCGCUGCGCGCGGGAAGUGACUUUCGGGCUGCCGGCCUGCCUCCCGGGCCGCGGGUCAUGGCUCUCUCAGUGCCGGGCUAUUCGCCCAGCUUCAAGAGACCUCCCGAGACACUGCGGCUCCGGCGGAAAAGGGCCCGGAGCCGCGGAGCCGCCGCCUCCCCGGCGCCCGAGCUGCCGGAGCCCGCGCCGCGCCGUGCCGCCCUGGCUGCCGGACUGCCCCUCCGCCCCUUCCCCGCCGCGGCGGGCAGAGGCGGCGGCCCCGCGGCUCGGAGGAACCCUUUCGCCCGCCUGGACAACCGGCCUCGGCCCGUCACCCAGGGCCCCGAUGGGCCGCCCCACGGCCAGCACGAGGCGCCGGGCUCGGUUUUAGAUUCCAAUCAAGAAAAUGAUUCGCUAUGGGAAGAGACGUCACCGGAAAGAACAAUUGUCCCUGAAUUCUUCCAGAGUCAGCUCAUAUCAUUCUCUGAAUUGGAUACUCCAUCUUCAGAAGGUACUGAGUUACCUGUGGACUGGAGUAUUAAAACUCGACUCCUUUUCACCUCUUCUCAACCCUUUACCUGGGCGGAUCACUUGAAAGCACAGGAAGAGGCUCAAGGUGUUGUUCAGCAUUGUAGGGCAGUAGCAGUUACUUUGCCUCAAAGUAUAAAGGAUCCCAAACUCUCUACUGAGCUACGUUGUGCACUCCAGCAGAGCCUUGUCUAUUGGCUCCACCCUGCCUUGUCUUGGCUGCCUCUGUUCCCUCGUAUUGGGGCUGACAGAAAAAUGGCUGGAAAGACCAGCCCCUGGUCAAAUGAUGAAAACCUGCAACAUCUUUUGAUGAGUGACUGGUCUGUGAGCUUUACCUCUCUGUAUAAUCUACUGAAGACAAAACUUUGUCCCUACUUCUAUGUUUGUACCUAUCAGUUUACUAUCCUGUUCAGGGCAGCAGGAUUAGCAGGAAGUGAUGUGAUCACAGCUCUCAUAUCUCCUACAACUAGAGGUUUAAGAGAAGCUAUGAAAAAUGAAGGCAUUGAAUUUUCUCUGCCUUUAAUAGAAGAAAAUGGGCACAAAAAGAAAGAAUAUGGAACAAGCUUGGGACCUGGGGAGGAACAAGCAGUGAGUGAUGAGGAUGAAGAAGAAAGUUUUUCUUGGCUGGAAGAGAUGGGUGUGCAAGACAAAAUUAAAAAGCCGGAUAUACUGUCUAUCAAAUUACGUAAAGAGAAACAUGAAGUACAAAUGGAUCACAAACCUGAGUCUGUUGUAUUGGUGAAAGGAAUCAACACCUUCACAUUGCUCAAUUUUUUGAUUAACUGCAAGAGUUUAGUUGCUACCUCAGGCGCACAGGCAGGACUUCCACCAACCCUUUUAUCCCCAAUAGCCUUCCGAGGUGCCACAAUGCAAAUGCUUAAGGCACGAAGUGUCAAUGUAAAGACACAAGCCCUUUCUGGAUACAAAGAUCAGUUUAGUUUGGAGAUUACAGGUCCAGUCAUGCCUCAUGCGCUGCAUUCUGUGGCCAUGCUACUCGAGUCUUCACAGAGUGGGUCAUUCUCUGCGGGACUGUAUCCACACGAGCCAACUGCGGUGUUCAAUGUUCGCCUGCCACUGGCCAAAGUACUGGACAAAGAAGUUGUUCAUAAAGAUCUUGCUAACUGCGGGUUACACCCUAAGACUUUGGAACAGCUUAGUCAAAUACCAUUACUGGGGAAGUCAUCUUUACGGAAGGUGGAAAUGAGUGACUACAUUUGUAAUUGGAGAGCCUGAACACCAAAGUAAGCCUAAAAGGAAUCUUUGAGGAAAAAAAAACCCUCCUAGCAAGGAAAUUCAAGAUACUUGUAUGCCUUUGUCUUUAAAGUUCAUUUUGGAAGUUUAAAGAAAUAUACUUUUAAAACACUUAAGUGUUUAUAAACAUUAACUUUUUUCAUUUAACUUUUUAUUACAUGCGCUGAGUGAUAGUAUUGAGGUUUUAUAUUAAUUUUCAUGUUACUAUUUUCAUGCUAGAUUUUCAGAUAUGAAGAUGAUGCAAAUUUUUUCAACCUUAAAUAACUUGAAUGAAUUCUCUCUACAACUUAAUUGUAAACUGAGUGGAAAACCGAAUUAAAGUUAGUGUUUUUUACAAAUGAAAAUUGAGACUAAGACUGCAGCAGUUAUUCCUAUCCGUAGCAUUAUGACUAAGGGGAUCAAGGCAAAAAUAUUACUCCAACAAUUUACCUAAGACUACUUAAGCAGGUUAUUGUUUUAUAAAAGUAUAAAAUAAAUAAAAAAUAAAUGUAGAUAUUAUCUAUAGAACAGACUGCUGAUGCUUCUACCACAGUAUCUUUAGUGCUGAUUGCUAAUUCCUCUGUCCUCAAAUGCACUUAGAUAAAAGGGUAUUUUGUAUUCCACAGCGAGCAGUGUUAAGAGAUGGAUGCUCAGCUGUCAUGGCAAACUACUGUUUAAUCUGCUUGUAGAUGUGUGACAG